CUGUAGGGAGAGUUGACGACGUUCGCCGUUCGCGUUACCGCGUAACGUAGCUGAACAUAGCUGAGAAUAGGUGAGCGUAGAUUACGUUUGUAACCUACGUACUGCUACGUACGCAACGAUAGCGAUAUCGUGCCCGCCCUCGUCAUCCUUCGCCGCCUUUGCCUUUGCGCUCGAACUGCUCGAAGGUAUCGCGCCGUCGAUCGCAACACAUGGAGAAAACGAUGUCGGAGCAGACGGCUUCGCAGACUCAAACGGAAACGAUCUCCGAAGCAGACGUCACCGAUUCCGGAUCGCAGGAUGUACCUACUGUACGAUUACGUCUACGAAUGCCGAAAUCAAAUAAAAAGGUCCAAUGGACACAAGGGACCGUAGAUAAUGAAAAUUUAAAUAAAAAGAAAUCAAAAUGUUGUUGUAUUUAUGAGAAACCAAAAAUUUUUGGUGAAAGUAGUUCUGAAGAUAGUGAUGAUGAAUGCGAACAUUGUCAUGGACAUAAAGAUGCUCAUAAGAAAGUCUUACCUAAACCUGGUGAUCCUGCGCGAGAAGGAAUGUCAUCACAUCCUGAACCGAUUGCAACAGGUUCAACAUAAGUGUUUUUAUGCUUAUAUACCCCUAUUGACAAUUUUUCUCUAAAUGGAAAAUAAAUUCCUUUAUAUUUCUCGAGACAGUAUGUAAUACAGAAAAAGAUGAUAUUAGGUACACAAACUUUAAAUAUGAUUUUGCACUAGUAUAUGUACUUAUAUUACAGUGCUUUAAUCGCGCAGAAGAUUAUAAAUAUUAUUGAAAUUGUUAAUCAUUAUACAUGUCUUGCGAAUAGUAAAUUAUUCAACAUUCUUUGAAAAGUAAUUUCAUCAUUCCUUAUAUGUUUACGUCCGAUUAAUGUUAUCUACUUUACAUGUACUGUUUGUUAUUUAUUAUUUAUCUA